AUGCACUUGCCGCCUCCACCGUCGUUGAAAACGACCAUCAUUCAACUCAACAAGGACAUCGAUCCGGAGGACAACAACUACGAAAUCCUCAACAAUGUGUAUAACCCAUCUUCUUCAAGCUCUCCAACUUUGAAUGCUAUUCCGGCUGAACAGCCCAAGAAGAAGCGGAGAAGAUCAAGCUCGUUUGUGGACGAUGACGAGUUGGCCAGAAGAAAAAGCGAAACAAAGCAACUCCAUUCUAUCAUCGAAAAACGCAGAAGAGUCAAGAUCAAUCGUGAGUUUGAAGCCCUCAAGUACAUCAUCCCAGCAUGCCGCAACACCGAUACGGGUGCUAAGAAGGCCUCCUCCAACAACAGUUCAAAAAUCGAUGGCAUGUACAAGCUUACCAUCCUCAAAUCAUCAGUGGAGUACAUCUUGUACUUGCACCACAUCAUUCAGAAGCAGCACGAGCUCUUGUCGCAGACCCCGAUCGAUUACACCUACGACACUGGCUAUACCAAAGUGCCAAUAGACGUCAACCAAUACAGAAACAUUGACAAGGAGUUCAGUUUUGCAGACCUCCCCACAUCAACACAGAGAUCGACUUCCGUCUGCGAGUCCAUAAAAGAAGACGAGGCCGAAAAGCAAAAUAUAGAGUCCACUCAAAGCAAAAACAGCUCAAGACCGGAGCUGUUGUCCAUGUCGAGGGAAUCCUCCUCCGAAGGUGAACAGCUUCCAAGCCCGACAACCACUCCAGACAUAACGCCAAUUCUUUCGCUUUUGAGCAAAAACCCCAACGACAAAGCAGCACUUCAUCAACAGCAUCUCCAUUUACAGAAAACGCUAGGGAGAUACUCACUGAUGGACCAGAAUGAGCAGGUGAACAAGGCAUUCUCGUACAACUCGCAGCCCAAGUCGGGCUCUGUAUCCCUGGCCACUUCCCCAUUCACAAUCCCAAUCAAGCUGAAUGUCAAACGAGGCUCUUUUGUGCUUCCGGACCCUGCCAUUCCCACUAGUAUGCCUGAUGAGGAGUACUCCAGUGGCUCAAACUCGGCAGCUUACCCCAAAAGAAUGUACUUCAAAUCCCAGGUGCCUUCAAACAAUAUGACGGCUCACAUUGGCGACGACGAGACCAGUGAAGACGGGAAACUCGAGGACGCCUCAAAAACGCUUCUACUGCUUAGAAAGCCCAGUAUAGAGAAGCUUCUCAACUAG